GAGGGGCGGCGCCCGCCAAGUUGGGCGCUGAGGCGAAGGCGCCGCUUCCUCUUCGCCCUCGCAGCGCUCGCCGCUCGGCUCUGCUCCGCGGGGCCGGCAGCGCCGCCGCCCCCAGCAUGGACAACAAGCCCCUGCUGCAGGAGCGGCCGCCCGCGUACAGCCCCGCCGCGCAGGGCGCGGGCUACGACUACGGGCAGAGCAACUACGGCACCAUCCCCGCCCCGCAGCCCGGCUUCCAGCCGCCCCCGCCCUACCCGUACCCGGGCGCCGCGGCUGCCGCAGGGUAUGCUGUUCCUCCACCGCCACCCCAGCCAAACUAUUCGAGCACGUACACCAUUAUUCAACAGCCUGCUACCACCACUUCUGUAGUAGUAGUUGGUGGCUGUCCUGCCUGCAGGGUUGGCGUGUUGGAGGACACCUUCACCUGUCUCGGUGUUUUGUGUGCCAUUGUAUUCUUUCCAAUUGGGAUUCUGUUCUGUCUUGCACUGAGGCAGAGAAGAUGUCCUAAUUGCGGGGCAGCUUUUGGCUAAGGGGAGGAAUGUGGACGUGCUUAUGGAAGCUACAACUCUUAGCAUACUCUUUCUAAUGUAAAUGUCAUGUACAAUCAUCUUAUUUGCUUCAGAUCUGUUUUGUAAAGUGUGAAGAAACUUAGUCUUUUGCAUGUAAUUUAAACUUAAUCUUUUAUGAACAUGUGCAUUGCAAAACAUGAAAACCUGACUUGUUUUCCAUGUUUAGUGGCACCUGUUGAAAACUAAAUAAAACUGCUUUUCCUUUUGCAAUCCUCAA